ACACAAUGGAGUCCGACGUGAACACACGACACUAGCCCGAAUCCUUGAAGCUAGAACGGUUCCAGAAGCGCCAGGCCCCGGUACUUGCAUGAUGAAGUGACCGCCGAGCGGCGAGAUAGCGAAGGAACCGUACACAGACGACUCUACCAGGCGGUGAACGAGAGCAAAGUAGCCGCUGAGCUCACCUGCUUUGCGGCUUUCCCUCAGUGACUGACUGUCCUCUGCAUUUUUUGAAUGCCUUUGUCUGAAAGAGCCGUGAAAUAGAAACCGUCCGGUAACCUACUGAGAAAAUGUCGGAGGUCAGCCUUGCGAAGCGCAAGGAAAAGUGUGAGAACUGCACCAAACAGUGCAACAAGAAGCAGAACGACGAUGGUGCUGACUCGCAGCAGGAGAAAGAGGAAGUCAAUGGACAGAUUAAUGAGGGAUCUCAGCUGUUGCUGAGCGCUUGUCUCUCCUGCGACGGCUGUCUCUCAGAGGAGGAGAGCCUGAAGAUUUCUCAGCAGAGUGUGGAGGAAGUGGAGCGAGUUCUGGCACUCAAUAAAAGAUGUGACGCGUCGAAGCACAGGGUGCUGGUUGCAUCAGUUUGUCCACAGUCCCUGCCUUUCUUUGCUGUAAAGUUUGGUCUGGACAUCAGUGAAGCCGCACAGAAACUCUGUGCCUUCCUUAAGACACUGGGAGUACAGUACGUGUUCGACACUACCCUGGCGGCAGGCUUCAGCAUCUUAGAGAGCCAGAAGGAGUUUAUUCAGAGGUAUCGCAGGAGGAACCAUGACUCCCAUGCUCUGCCCAUGUUCACCUCCUCCUGCCCAGGGUGGAUCCGUUAUUCGGAGCGCAUCUUGGGCAGUCUGGUCACUCCUCAUAUCUGCACCGCCAGGUCUGCCCAGCAGAUCAUGGGCUGCCUGGUCAAGGACUACUUCUCUAAACAGCAGCAGAAGCUGAGUCCAGACAAAGUUUACCAUGUGGUGGUGGCUCCCUGCUUUGAUAAGAAGCUGGAGGCAGUCAGAGAGGAGUUCACCAACAGCCUGCUAGAGACCAGAGAUGUGGACUGUGUCCUCACAUCAGGGGAGAUCUACUACAUGAUGGAGCAGAGGAAGGUUUCAGUGGAGGAGCUGGACUCGGUUCCACUGGACCAAGUGCUGGGAGAGGCUGGGGACACGACGCUGGUGAGGCACGAAGGUCGAGGUUCAGAAGGUUUCCUGGAACACGUGUUCAAACAUGCUGCUAAGGAGAUCUUUGGCGUGGACGUUCAUGAGAUCACAUACAAGACCCUCAGAAACCGAGACUUCCAGGAGGUGACACUUGAGCGGGACGGGGAGACUCUGCUGCACUUUGCUGCCGUCUACGGUUUCAGGAACAUCCAGACCCUGGUUCACCGCAUGAGGAAGGGACGUGUGCCUUACCAGUUGGUGGAGGUGUUGUCCUGUCCAGGAGGGUGUUUAAGCGGCCGCGGUCAAGCGCAGAGCGAGGUGGGAGGACGGCUGGACAAAGCCCUGGUCCAGCAGAUGGAGGACGCCUACACCAGCCUGCCGGUCCGUCUCCCCGAGGUCAACCCCAACCUGCACACCCUCUAUCAAGACUGGCUGCAGGGCCAGGACUCAUCACAGGCCAACACGCUGCUGCACACUCGCAUCAGAAGCCAGGGUCACAUCCACACACAGCCUCCACACAUGCAGUGGUGACAGGAAAGUGGAGUGUUCAAGAUGACAGAAAAAAUAAAAGGGGGACAUUUCUGCUCGAAAGCAUCCAAAGCCGAGGACCAUGUUGCGCUGCAAGUCUGUAAAGGUGUAAUUCUUCCAUUUAACCACAGGGUGGUGAUGUAUGCAUUUACAAAACUGGAUUGGCUGAACCAAAACUGAGAGUCCAAAAAAAUGAGGAAGUCUGUAGAAAGUGUGAACUAUUGACGGCAGCUUACAGCACAAUAAGCCCCCGCACAAAACAAAGAAUACAACAACAGGAGUGUGGAUACUGAAUGUACAUUUAAAGAGUGGUUUGUGUUUAAAACCCAAUCCGUCCCAGUAUGAAAUAACUGUUUGUUUUCCUUUAUGUCACCACUGUUCCUGUCUAAAAGACGAGGCAGUAGCUAUGCAACAGUGUGAGCGUCGUCUCUCAUCAGUAAGUAAAACAAAGUAAGUGUUGCUCUGAUAAGAAAGAAUUUAGUUGCCCAGUGUCUGGUUUAUACGUCCUCCGUAAAGAGAUGAUCAUUAUCAUUUUUUAUUAUUAUUUUAAAUGGUACAAGCUUAUUUUAUUUGUUCCCAUUCCACAAACUAGUUUUUUUUUGGGGUUUUUUUAUUAAACGUUGUCGGUUUUUGUUCUGUUUUUCUUUUUCAAUGAAACAUACAUGUCAUACAUGUUAACCACUAAAAUUAUUCUGACAAACAAAACAAAGUGUGAUGUCAUUUUAAUGCAGUUUGUUAUUCCAGGAAAUAUUCAACCUUUUUCGGGGAAAUGAUUAUCGCAAGUCACGAGGAAAAGUUAAAUUCCAGAGUUUCUUAUUGAUGAGAAUGAUCGGUCAUGUUUGUGUUGCCCUCAGAAUCCAUCUCUUUGAGUUUUAAAUGUUUGACCUGUGAAGUAUAAGGAGUUAAUGAUUUGCUUGGAGGGGAUUUAGCCACCAUCGCAAAGACAAAAGUAUAUUCUGCAGGCUGAGAUACAGACCAUUAAAUCAGAGGACAAUGUAAAUGACCAGUAAUAAUAAUAAAAGCUUUAGCUGCCAA